CAGACAUAUAUUAGCAGGCCGAAUGGGAAGGCAAGUGAUUUAAAGUGCAAAUGAACACGAUGAUGAAUGGCUGUUGAAGGGGCUGGUGGUGUUUGAUGGCCCUUGCCCUUGGCGCGACUUUCUUGAAGCCGCACCUCGACACAUCCAAAUACAUUCUCCAGCGAGGCUUCAAAGCGGAGAGAGCGAGUCGACGCGAAGGGUUGGCCUUAAAACAGGAGCGAGUGAAUUAGUGUAUCUGGGGAGGGUGUUUAUUGCGCAUCCAGAAAAAGUCGCCGGCGUCACGGCUUCAUCUUUGCACGCUGCAAGUUCGACGCACCUGCCUCCCUACCGAACAACGCGACUUCCGCCAGACGGAUCCCGGAACAACUACGUUUGACACACAAAAGACACGGAUUGUCUAGAAAGAGCUACAGGAACAAGAUGGAUUCGACGCCGUCGACCAGGAGUAGGAACCGGAGUCCCCGUGUACCGCCCACAGUGUCGACACAAAAUCGCAGCGUCGCCCAGCCUCCUGCUCGUAACGGAUCUGCGCACGACUGGAUAGAACCUCCGCUUGCAUCGCCCAUCCCGAGUUUCGAAGAUCACGGUGGAGGCCCUUACGGUGUCCUCGAGGACAUGCAAGCAUUGGGGAGCCGUCCGACGGCAAAGGUCAGAGGCAGAGUAAAACCAGACGGUCCUAAGAAGAGCGCCCUGGGCAAGUCUCUAGCCAACCCACUGGCCACUGCAUCGAAUCAGGGCACUCCAGAAGCGACUCCCGUCCCUAUCGAUGUCAUGCCCGAACAGCCUCUGGUCAUUGUCGACGAUGAGCGCGACGAUGAUUACACGCCACGUCCAUCCAAAAAGCCCGCAAAAGCCCGUCUGUCACGCUCGGCUGCCACGACUGCUAGACCGACUGCUUCACCGAAGCCUGCUACACCCUCAGUUGCUGCAUCAGAUACUCCUGUACCUUCGUCUGUUGCCACCCCUGUCACGUCGGCCACACCAAGUGCACCCCCUACUGCUUCCGCGAACCGUCCUCCAGGAGCCGUGCCACUAGCCGAAGUAGUAGCUUAUCUGGAAGCCUUUGAUCGGGCAAUUCCACUACCUGACUCGCCGGAUCAACUCCAGAUGCAUGGUAUUGUGAAAGCUGCCGUGGAAAAGUCCAUGGAGGUUGGGAAUAAGUACCUCGGUCUCGCUAUUCAAGAGGUAUAUCUCGAAAGCUAUUCCAAUCCGACCCUGGUACUCUUGCUACACGGUAUUCUCAACCAAACUUCCAAGCCCUCAGAAAUUACCCUUUUCAGAGAACACAUCAACCAAGCCAAAAAGAGAAUAAAGGCAAGGGAAGCUAGUGUGAAGAAGAGAACAGCUGGAAGUGAAGCUAGGCGGAAAUCUUCAGCAGUAUCUGAGGCACUUCCGCGCCCUUCUGUUGAAGCUCAAGCUGUUCCGAGAAAACCAAAGAUUUCACUGAAAAUGAGCAAAAAAACAAACACCGUCACUAAGCCUACGGAUGAGCCAGCGCCUCUCCCACCCACAACCAAGCUGCGCACCUCUAGCAUUUCAAGCUCUUCAUCUCUUUCGUCUCUGACCUCCAUCGAAGAAGACAUGCCCGUGCCUCCUCUUCCGCGUCUCAACUUCUCUCCAGCCGGUUCUGCAACGCUCGCAGCUCCCUCAGAAAUAAACGGCUCUACAAAACGCUCUUCCGUAGAAGCAGGAAACGAUGAAGACGACCUUGAGUUUCAGGCAAAGAAGCAGAAACUCGAUGCGACCGUCAACCGUGACGCUCCCGUCGAAGAAAGCCACGUACGACCAGAUCUAUCUGCUUUUCCCAAAGUGCGCAACAAUCUGAUCAUACCCCCGGUGCAACUCACUGCAAACGGUGCAAGUAGUAGAGAUAUCUCUGCUGAUGCAUCGCCUCUGACCGAUAUGUCAUCGCCGCCCUCUGGAUCUCGCAGAAACACACCAAUGAGAGCCUCGAUUCCUGCCAAGAUGAUCCAGAAGAAGGCUAAAACCAAGCACUCCCCGGUCAAAAAGCAAGUGCCAGGGCAAAAUGCUGACGAGGGCGGGAUAAGCCGGAGACCCAGCCCCGGUGGUCCUGAUGCGAACGAAGAGUCUGACAACAACGACUAUUGUACGGCUUGUAACACUAGCGGGUUCCUUCUUUGCUGUGACGGCUGUGAUAGUUCUUUUCAUCUCCACUGUCUUGAUCCACCCCUGGACCAGAAUGCGCCUGAGUUGAACGAGGCUUGGUUUUGUUUUGGCUGUACCGCAAAGCGCGCACAGCCUCAGAGACCAUCCCGUGGGCUCUUUGCUGCGUUACUUCUCAACCUCGACAAGCGCAAUCCAGCAAAUUUCGUACUUCCUCAGGAGAUCCGUGAAUACUUCGAUGGCGUUGCAACCGCUAAGGACGGCAAGUUCGUAGAGCAACUUGCUACAAAGACUCGAAGAGGAGCUGGUUAUGAUGAGCUACCCGACCAUCUCAAGACAAAGGAUGCUAAAGGACAAGCCAUCUUGUGCUACAAUUGCUCUCUCUCGUCUCUCGGUCGGCGCGAAAUCAUUACUUGCGAUCAGUGUAGCGCACACUGGCAUCUCGACUGUCUUGAUCCGCCUCUUGCAAACGUUCCUUAUCGGGAUCAUACCGGCAGAAAAGUACGCGACUGGCUCUGCCCCCUACAUGUUGACCAUGUGCUUCGCGAGAUGGAAGUGCCUCGUCUCGCUGAUCGCCAAUUACAGAGGGAGCGCAGGGUGUACAUGCGCAAGCCUCGUGCUGCAAAGGUUAUAGACACUGCUCUUAGCCGCAGUUUCAUCAACGAUGGCGUGAUCGAAAUCACCCCAGACUCUAGUGAUGAUGACUCAUCCGAGUUUGAAGAAGUGGACGUUUCUGGUGUCGUUUAUCGUCUGCCUGAGAAGGGUAUCAAACUCGAUUUUAUUGAUAGAGUCAGACGCACACGAUUAGCUACGCAGUACUACAACAAUCCUCAGACUUAUCCUCGUUCCAGCAAGAGAAGGGCCAUAGAUCGAAACGCGAAGGAUAGCUUCUUCCGUCGCUCGUUCGUGGAACAGCGUACUGCGCUUGACCUUGUUGGUCUCGCCAAUCAGCAAGGCGAUCUUGACUUCAAUGGUGACCAAGUUAGCAGCCUGCUCACUACCCUCAUUGCCGAAGCGCCAGCCAACGUGGUCGAGCAAAUGAUCGAAGCGGAGAAAGAAGUCAAGUCCCCGGACACAGCUGGUCCACCUUCCCCUCCAGCAUCAGAUCAGCACACCGAGCAAAGCGCAGCUCAGCAGCGUAAGACUCUGGAACUGCUCCAGACACUCAUCGCAAGAAAGCUUGCUGCCUUGACCAAAUAGUGAUCAACCAGAGUACUAUGUAACACUUUUCACAACCACAACCUCAUACACUAAACUUGUGCGAGAGAGUCGGCGCCCUCUUGCUCGCUGUCUAGCUAUGUGAAAACGCGUCUGAGAAGCACCCUCGUACGUUUCGAAAGGCAUCUUUGCUGGUGGUCUCGGCGGUACCAAGACAUCUCCUUGGUCAAGAGCUUUGCUCAGAAUGGUAUCCGGCUCGCAGCAUUGGGUUUCGGUGUAGCUUUCUCGACGUAUCGUCGAAAUUCUCGUUCUUUGUUUCCUGCGGCAUGCAUAGGUGGUCAGGCGGGAAAGAGGGGAGAUCAAAACGCAUUGUACUAUAGCUAGUAAUUUUCCAACGACAUGCGCACCACAAUAAGGCGUUUUGCCCUCUUCAUA